AUGGCAACGCCAUUCAGCGCGCUUGUGGAGUUCCACGGCUCUCGCGUUCUCCUCGACUGCCCAUUAAACCCACUGCACAGCUUGCUGCAUCCCCCCACCCCACCCGCGUGGUUAUCCCAUUCGCGAGAUUCACCUAGAAAGCUCGACCGUUCGGCCGAGCGAGAGAAUUCCACGGAGCCUCGGCCCGUCGACAAAAGCGCCGACUCUCGCUGCCGCUCUCCGCGCGCCUCGCAGCAUUCGCCACGCGUGCCCGCCGACUCCGCUCGCCUCGAUGCGCCUCGCGUCGCUCGCUGCUCGCCACUCCCGCAUGCUAAUUCCCUCGCUCCGAUCGCCGCACCUGCUGCUGCUGCUGCCGCCGCAGCUGGAGCCUUCCAUGACGCUACGACGGACCCCCCUGCAGCACUUGCUCUGGACCAGCCCGAACCUGCAGGUUUGGACCGAACCAUAUACCCAACAGUCGCACCUCGCGACCAUCCCGGAGCAGCCGGCUCGGGCUCUUUCCUCCCGCCGGCCCUGGCGUUGCUGCGUCGGCAUGGCUGCCGAGCCUCGAGGUCUGGUCUGGCGCACAGGCGCGAGGUUCGGUGGAGACGAAGGGUGUGCAUGUGCUUGGCUGACCAGCAGACGGGCGGAGGCGGACAAAGGGGGGAUGAGGAGGGGCGAGGCGAGGGGGCGGAGGGGGAGGAGGGGGAAAAGCGGAGAGAGGGUGGGAGCGUUGGCGGCGCAGAGGCGGAGGCGAGGGGAGGCAGAGCAGAUUCAGUGUGUGGUGGGGCGAUGAGAGGGCCACGCAGCCGUGUAGAUGGCCAUGGGGGCGGCAAUGGGGGCGGCAAUGGGGGCGGCAAUGGGGGCGGCAAUGGGGGCGGCAAUGAGGGCGGCAAUGGGGGCGGCAAUGGGGGCGGCAAUGGGAGCGGCAGUGGGGGCGGCAAUGGGGGCGGCAGUGGGGGCAGCAGUGGGGGCGGCAGUGGGGGCGGCAAUGGGGGCGGCAGUGGGGGCGGCAAUGGGGGCGGCAGUGGGGGCGGCAAUGGGGGCGGCAAUGGGGGCGGCAGUGGGGGCGGCAAUGGGGGCGGCAAUGGGGUGGAUGCGAUGGGCGAGGGCAGGAAGAGGAGAGGUGAUGGCGAUGGUGUGGAGAGCGGUGGGAAGAGGCAGAGAGGGGAUGGGAACGAGGAAAAAUGCGGUGCACCAUUCACUCCUACGCAUGACCGUGCCAUCAGCAUCAACCACAGCUAUGCCCCUCCCCACACCCACACCCACUCCCACGCCCGAGCAUCCUCCUCGCCAUGCCCUGCUGUGCGCAUCUCCCUCCCCCUACCCUCCUCCAUGCCAACCCCCCAUCGCACUCUCGCCUUGCCAUUCGCGCUCACUGCCACGUCAGCAGCAUCUGACGUGGACGCCAUCCUGAUCUCGAGCCCCGAGGGCCUUCUGGGCCUGCCUGUGCUGCUGCGCCAUCACCGCCUGCACCACACCCACCGCCCUCCCCCCAAGGUGUGCUAG